ACGAGGCGAUCUGCCGCGCGCUCCAGACACUCUGGCGCUGUCCACGGUUCCCGCGUGGAGCGAGCCCGGCUCGGCUCAGCGGAUCCAGGAUCUGCACCUCCACGGAGCGGCCGGACCCACGGUGGCGAUGGCGGCCCCGCCCCCCCAGCCGUUCCCCACUGUGGACGUCCCUGACCACGCCCACUACACCAUCGGCUCCGUCAUCCUGGCCAUCGGCAUCACGGGCGUGCUCGGGAACUUCCUGGUGAUCUACGCCUUCAGCAGGAGCCGCAGCCUGCGGACGCCGGCCAACAUGUUCAUCAUCAACCUGGCCGUCACCGACCUGCUGAUGUGCCUCACCCAGUCGCCCGUCUUCUUCACCACCAGCAUCAACAAGAGGUGGAUCUUUGGAGAGAAAGGCUGCGAGCUCUACGCCUUCUGCGGCGCCCUCUUUGGGAUCUGCUCCAUGAUCACGCUGAUGGUGAUCGCCAUUGACCGUUACUUCGUCAUCACGCGCCCUCUGACCUCCAUCGGCGUGUUGUCACGGAAACGGGCGCUCCUCAUCCUGCUGGCGGUGUGGGCGUAUUCGCUGGGCUGGAGCCUGCCGCCGUUCUUCGGCUGGAGUGCCUACGUACCUGAAGGUCUCCUCACUUCCUGUACCUGGGACUACAUGACCUUUACCCCCUCGGUGCGGGCCUACACCAUGCUGCUCUUCAUCUUCGUCUUCUUCCUGCCGCUCUUCAUCAUCAUCUACUGCUACGUCUUCAUCUUCAGAGCCAUCCGCUCCACCAACCGGGCGGUGGGGAAGCUCAGCAGUUCUCGGGACGCGGUGAAGAGUUUCCAUCGCCUGCAGAACGAGUGGAAGAUGGCGAAGAUCGCUCUGAUCGUCAUCCUGCUCUACGUCGUGUCCUGGUCGCCGUACUCUGCCGUCGCCCUCACUGCCUUCGCAGGGUACGCGGACAUGUUGACCCCCUACAUGAACUCCGUCCCCGCCGUCAUCGCCAAGGCCUCCGCCAUCCACAACCCCAUCAUCUACGCCAUCACACACCCAAAGUACAGGCUGGCUCUGGCCAAGUACGUCCCGUGUCUGGGCGCGCUGCUGUGCGUCCGCCAGCGCGACCUUCGCUCCUCCAGCAGCAGCUUCCAGUCGACGCGCCGCUCCACCGUCACCAGCCAGAGCUCCGACAUCAGCAGCCAAUACCGGCACGGCGCCGCCAAGGCCCGCCUCUCCUCUGUCUCUGACAGCGAAUCGGGUCUGACGGACACGGAGGCCGACCUGUCCAGUCUGGGCUCGCGGCCGGCGAGUCGCCAGGUUUCCUGUGACAUCAGCAGAGACACCGCCGAGCCGCCAGGCAGAAAACAGUCAACCAGCUUGAAGGCCAAGCUGAGGAACCACGACUCAGGAAUCUUUGAAAAGACGUCGUUUGACACCAUGUCCAUGGGAGGAGUCGGUGAACGCAGCAGCGUCCCAAAUAGCGGGGACGCCUCAGAGGGACACCUGAUGAGGGGACAGAUCGGCCGGAUCCCCAGCAUCGUCGUCACCUCUGAGACCAGCCCCUUCCUGUCCAUCGGCCGGGCCGGGUCGCGGACGUCCCGGCCCAAUGCCUCCAGCGGCGUCCUGGGGGCGGGGCCAGGGUAGAGCCCCGCCCACCGGUCAUGUGACCGGCUCAGAUCCAAGCAGAUGAAACCAGAGUUUAUAAAUUAUUCAAGUUUAAAGUUAUUUUAAUGCAACAGAGAUCUGUCGACCUUCAUGAAGACUGAGGGAAAAACUAAACUAAAUAAUAAACUAAACCAAAUAAUAUCUGACAGUCAUUUUGUUUCCAGUAAAAAUGGAAAAAAUCAUAAAAUAAGAUCAUGUUGGAUCUGUUUUAACCAAAGAUCUGAUUCCAGCUUUUAAGGUUUUGUGAUGUGAAAGUAAUAAAACUAAAACUGCAGUGGUGGGCGCUAAUCUGCUAAUCUGCUAAUCUACCAGUAGCUGAGCUAAUGUUUUGUUUAGCGCUUUAAUGUUAGCUUCCACUAGAUACUGUAUUGUAAUUGAACUUUAGCAUUAAUGAAACUAACAGUCAGGACUAGUUAGCAUUAGCAUUGUUAGCAUUAGAGGAAGUAAUGUUUCUGGUUAGUGGAACUAAACUUUGGUGUUAGCACAUUAGCGUUAGCUGAACUCAUGUUUAUGAUUAGCGUUUUAGCAUUAAUGGAACAAUAUAAAUGGUUUCUGCAUUAGCAUUAGCACAGCUAACCUGUUAGCUAGCGGUGCCCACCACUGAUGAGCUGUCAUUGAAAACAGACCAAAUUAAUCAAGUUCAGCUUUAAACAAUUGAUUCCAGAUUCAGACAGAAACAUGUUGGGACAGAAUCCGGAUCGGGUUUAACUGAGAUGGUGAGGGAGCAGAACCAGCUGGGAGCAGAACCAGCUGGACGGUUCUGAUCAGAUUUAUCUGCCAAUGUGAUCAGAAAACUUCUGCACACCUGUACAGAUGUCCUCUGCUCUGAUUGGUUGGUUCCGACUGAACCACUACUAGUUGACCCCAAAGAGACCCGGUCCAGAGUCGGGUUCUGAUGGUCGGGUUCUGAUGGUUUGUCCCCUGAGAGGAGGAAACCAGAUGUUCAUGUUUAUUGUUGUGUAUUUAUGGGAUGUUUCUCCUAUUUCACUUUUUAUUGUUCUGAAUGUUUAGAUGUUCUCUGGUUCUGGAACCCAAAGUCGGUCCAGCUGAACCGGAACAGAACCCUGUCCUGAAGCUGAUUGGUUCCAGAUGACAUGAUGUCACCAUGUGACCCCGUUUGGGUCGGGAUGUUCCGGUCCAGCGGAGCUGGAAUGUUCUGCUCUUUGUUUUCUGGACGGUUUUUGUUUGGUCAGUAAAACUGGACCAGAACCUCCGACUGAACCUGGCUGCUAGAACAGAACCUUCAGUCCAGAACCUUUGAGUGGUUCUGUCACUUUAUUUCCCCCAUCCUGCGGAGUAAAUAUUAAUGUUUGUGAUCCUGGAGCUGUAAAUGUUCUGAGUAUUUAUGCUGACCCGUAUUGACCCGGUUUAUUUUUCUAAAUAAAGAUCCAUUCUCCAGCCCA